CAUUUUUGCACUGACAUUUCACUUUCUGUUUAGGAGUCACACAAAUUUAAAUAGAAAAGAGGAACUGAAAGUUAAUCACAAUAAAUUGACCAAUAGGAGGGUCUCUGGAACAUACUUAAAAUAACCAGAGCAAGCAAACAAGGGUAUCUAUCUCAGACUCUACUUCCUGCACUGAAUCCACUCUGAUCUUUCCACACGCACUGAUACUUACAGAGGCCAGGUAGUCUUUCUAACCUUACAGCUUCAGCAGCCUUUGUUUCUGAUAAAGGAGUUGUCGGGAAGGUGUCCUGAAGAUGUGGUUGUAUUUGAUAACCCUUCUGGCCAUACCCCACCAUGCACUGGGAGCCAACCCAGGACUGGAGAGCGUGAUUACCCAGAAGGCACUGGAAUACGCUAAGCAGGUUGGAGCGAGCUUGGCACAGGAGAAGCUGGGAGGCUUGACUAUCCCAGAUAUGACAGGCAGUAUCAGUAUCUCUCCUUUUGGCAAGGUGGACUACUCCCUGAGUGGGAUGCACGUGGUCAACUUCAACCUCCCUGAGCCUGUGGUGGGGUUUGCUGAAGAGGCCGGGAUCAAGAUUGGAAUCAGCGGAAUGAACGUUGCAAUAAAUGGAAAUUGGGGAGACCAUUACCAGCUGAUAAGAGACAGUGGCUCCUUCGACUUGGCGGUGUACGGGCUCGCGGUGUCUGUGUUGGUUGGGGUGGGCUCCGAUUCCACCGGCCACCUCACCGUAUCCAGCGCCAACUGCGAUGCCAGCGUGGGGGAUCUGGAGGUGACGUUCCACGGGGGCACCAGUUGGCUGUAUAACCUCUUUAAAAAAAUAAUACAAGGUCUAGUUCAUGAACAACUCAAUAACAAGCUGUGCCCGAUGAUCAGUGACUAUAUCGACGGGUUGGAGCCUCUUCUCCAGAAGAUAAACGUGUCCUAUCAAUAUGACCCCUAUGUUGUGUUUGAGUUUCCUCUCAUCCACCCUCCUGCCAUCGGGGCCUCUAACAUGGAGUUUGAUUGUAAGGGGGAGUUCUACAGUGUUGAGCAUCGCGGGGAGUUCCCUUUCACCCCUGAGCAGUUCCAGCUCCACGAUCAGAACCGCAUGGUCUCUGUGGGACUCUCCCAGUCCUCCGCAAACUCUGCUGGCUUCGCUUACCACUCCGCUGGGAUCCUCCGGAUCAGGCUCACUGACAGCAUGAUUCCCAAAGUUUCUCCAAUCAGACUCAACACUACCAGCUUUGAGUCCUUCAUCCCGGAGCUUCCCAAGCGCUACCCCGGCAUGUUGAUGCUGGUGGAUCUGUUUACCAGCCAGCAGCCGCUCAUCACUUUCCAGCCAGACAACGUGACCGCGCAGGCGUUCGGAGCUGCCAAGGUGUACGUCAUCCUGCCCAACACCACCCUGGCGCCCGUCUUCGUGCUGGACAUCUGUGCCAGCUUCAGUGCCAAGCUAUUCAUGUCUGAUUUGAAACUCACUGGAUUCAUGACUCUGAAUAACGUCAGUCUAAACCUGGCCUCUUCUGAACUGGGGCCAUUCCAGACCAAAUCUAUGGAGAAUGUGAUCCGAGCAGGGAUACAUCUGGCAGUGCUGCCCGAGGUGAACGCAAAGCUGAAGAGUGGCAUCCCUCUCCCUGCCACUCCGGAGGUCAGUCUGGUCAAUCCUGUGCUCAAGGUCAACCAGGGGUUUGUAGUGUUAGCCACUGACGUUUCCUACAGUCCCUGAGCACAGGAAGACCCAAGAGUAGGAAGCUUCUUGUAAGUCUCUGAUGAGAAUGUAUCCUCUACGGUCCACCAUUGGUUGUGACUAUACCCUGUCCUUCCUGUUGUGCUGCAGCAUGCUCUGGGAAGCCAGGCUGCAGUGAUUUCUAUAUUGUUCUACAUUUUGCUGUCUGAUUUAAUUGUCUCAGUGACUUCUCGAUUGUGGUCAUUUGAUUUGAAAUAAUCAUUUCGAAAGCAUUCGCUGCUUGAUCUGCAGCGAGAAAGCGCCAGUUCAACUGAAUGCAAAAACAUGACGUGGAGUUCCAGUGAUAUUGCAAGCUUCAUUUUUAUAAAACCCUGAGCUCAUUAAGCAUCAUACUCGCUGCUCACACAAUACAAUCUUCCUGUACUGAAUGGAAAACAAGUCCCUAAAUCUCGAGGGGGAAAAAACAAAUCUCAAAGCUUUUUAAUUCAAUUGAUUGAGUUUACUGAUGUAAUUUUGUUUGUGCAGUUUUAUCAGUUUAAAUGUUUCUGCUCUGUAUAACAAAUGUAUGCUGCUGACGCCCCAGGGAAGACUGUGAACAACAUGUUUCUCUCAAAGGCUUUACUGGCUCAAUAAACUCUUCUGCUACAUGA